AUUGCGUUGGCGGUUUCGUGAGGGACAUUUCCGCGUUACAAUCUCACAAUUUUGUUUCUAUUUUUAAUUCUUUCAAUUCAAUCUUCUUCUUCUUCUUCUUCUUCUUCUUCUUCUUCUUCUUUGUUGGUUUCGUUAUUUUAAUCCUCUUUUUUCCCAUUGCUUUCAAAUUCUCCCAAUCUCUGCUUCUACUUCUUCGAAAUUCGCCUUGUUUUUCGUCUUUUUUCUCUCCUUUUCCUGCCAUUUGGCCAAAUACAACUAAACGGUCUUCACUCUUUUCUCCUUCUCAACUCUUUCUCUUGUUUGUUUGAAGUUUCAUGUAUGGUGGAUGAUUCAAAUUGGAGUAGGAGAUGGGUUUUUUCAGCACUUUAUUGGGAAUUAUUGGGUUUGGUAUUGGAAUUCCUCUUGGUUUGGUUAUCGGGUUCUUCUUUUUCAUCUAUUCAAAGCCCGAUGAAGUCAAGGAUCCGAUGAUUAGGCCAAUCUAUGAAUUAGAUUCAGAUGCUUUGGAAGAAGUUAUUCCUGAAAUUCCACUGUGGGUUAAGCACCCUGAUUUUGAUCGGGUAGAUUGGUUGAACAAGUUCAUUGCAGCCAUGUGGCCUUAUCUUGAUAAGGCUAUUUGUUCUAGCAUAAGAGGAAUGUCUAAACCAAUGUUUGCUGAGUAUAUUGGCAAGUUUCAAAUCCAAUCUAUUGAGUUUGAGAGUUUACUUCUUGGAACUCUUCCUCCCAAGCUUUAUGGUAUCAAAGUGCAUGAUACCAACGAGAAUGAAAUAGUCAUGGAAACUGCAAUCAAAUGGGCUGGGAACCCUAAUAUAGUAUUGAUAUUGAGACUUUUUUCAUUGCAAAUAAGAAUUCAGUUAGUAGAUCUGCAAAUUUUCGCAGCACCUCGGGUAGCUUUGAAGCCUCUAGUGCCUGCUUUUCCUUGUUUUGCCAACAUUGUUGUGUCUUUAUUGGAGAAGCCGCAUAUAGAUUUUGGCAUGAAAAUACUAGGAGGCGAUAUCAUGUCCAUACCUGGCCUCUAUCAAUUUGUUCAGGAGACUAUCAGAAAACAAGUUUCCAAUCUCUAUCUUUGGCCCCAUGUCUUUGAGAUACCGAUUCUUGAUGCAUCAGUAGCGGCAACGAAAAAGCCAGUGGGAAUACUACAUGUGAACGUCGUCAAGGCUUCAAAGCUUUCAAAGAUGGACUUGUUGGGAACAUCAGAUCCAUACGUUAAACUCAGUCUAAGUGGAGAACGACUACCUUCAAAGAAAACCACCAUUAAGAUGAAUAACUUAAAUCCAAUUUGGAAUGAGAAGUUCAAGCUUGUUGUGAAGGAUCCAGAAUCUCAAGUUCUUCAGUUGCAAGUCUAUGAUUGGGACAAGGUUGGAGGACAUGACAGGUUAGGAAUGCAGCUAGUCCCCUUAAAAGUACUUACACCCUAUGAGACGAAGGAACUAACGCUCGACUUACUGAAGAACACGAACAUAAACGAUCAUCAAAACAAGAAACCGAGAGGACAACUUGUGGUUGAGUUGAAGUUUACUCCUUUCAGAGAAGAAAGCAGCAAGUUCAGUAGUCAGUUAGAUGGAUGCCGAAGUAUGGUAAGUCGAGACGAAAGAGAUUUACAAGAUGAUUUUGUAGGUGGAGCGGGGUUGUUGUCGGUUAAAAUCCAAGGGGCGGCAAGUGUGGAGGGGAAACGACAUAGUAAUCCUUAUGCAGUAAUGCAUUUUAGAGGAGAAAAGAAGAAAACGAAGAUGGUGAAGAAAUGCCGUGACCCGGUUUGGAAUGAAACUUUCGAGUUCAUGCUUGAGGAGCCUCCAUUAGAAGAAAAGAUCCAUAUUGAGGUCAGAAGUAGGAAGAGCAGUCGUUUCAGUUUUUUCUCAAAGGAAUCAUUGGGACACGUAGAGAUUAAUCUGGGCGAUGUUGUGCACAAUGGACGCAUCAACACGAAGUAUCAUCUGAUCAAUUCAAGACAUGGAAUGAUACAUGUUGAGAUAAAGUGGACAGUGGCUUGAUGGAAACAAAAUGAACAUUCAUCUGAGUUCCUCACUUGAGUUGUUUUAUAUGUGUCUCUCAAUGGAGUUUCGUGUGGACAAAAAAGGGAACAUGAAGUCUUUUUCAAUUCAAUCCUCUGUUCUCAUUGUUCACAUGUAUAAAAUGUAUUUAAAGCCACCACUGCCACAAGUAUGAAAAAUGAGUCAUUCUUGUUUAAUGUUGAUCAUUCAUUGACAAAAAUGCCCUUUCUUUUUCUCGAAA